AUGAAGCAGAACAAUGCUCGGAUGCUAAGGCAGGGUGCCACUGACUUUCUGGCUUACUAUGGCUUUGCUUGUGCCAGACAGGAUUCUAUGCCUCUCACUGCUAUCAAGAGGCAUCUUGACAAAGGAAUGCUGGACUUUAAUGGAGACAGGCUGGAUCUCAGAGACUUGCAACCUGUUCUCAGCUCUAUCUCUAUCAAUCAACACUUGAACCACAUUGCAAUACGAAGCACUCAUCUUGGUUCUGAAAAUGCAGAUAAAAGGUACUAUAGGCCUACCUCUAGGAGGGAAAUCCCAUUCAUUUGCUCCAAGGAUAUGACACUUGAGCUGUGCAAGGCCCUAAGAGAGUGUCUGACUAUCUCCUCCAACCUAAAGACUCUGCAACUUAAUGGACUUCCACUGAAUAAGAGGGACCUCAUCACACUGAAAAAGGGUUUGGAAAAAAGUAUGUCCCUGGAACACCUUUCUCUGGCCAAUUGCCCAAUCUCGGACGAGGGUUUGGAGGUCAUUUGUAAAAUUGUGAAGCAUUCUCCAAACAUCAAGAGAGUAGAUUUUUCAGGGUGCAAUCUCACUUGGAGAGGAGCAGAGCACAUCGCCAGCAUCAUCAAGUAUCAGGGUGCGCAGAGGCAGGGUAUCGCGUGGGCGGAGUCUCUCAGAUAUCGUCAUCCACACUUGGAAGAAAUGGGAGGUCUUCGCCGCGUCACUCUAAACGGUAACUCUUUGAUCGGGGACUGUGGUGCCGCUGCUAUUGGGCAUGAACUGGCAGAGGAUUUCUGGAUGAAAGCGGUGGACCUACAGAGAUGCGGUCUGUCCAAUGAAGGAGCUCACCAUUUGCUGGAAGCUGUGAAAACCAAUUCUGUUCUGUGUGUACUGGAUAUUCACAGUAACCCCUUGGUCGACAAGGGCCUAAUUAAAGCGAUAACAGAGAAAGUAAAGAGGAACAGAAAUUCCGGUGGACAGUCUCUGCAGUAUCAUUGGAUCAAGCCUGCAGCCACUGAGCCACAGAGAGUUCCAGGUCCAAGGAAGCAACCAGUGCCCAGAAGAAUCAGGACAGGCAUGUACACAUUUUACGUGUUUCUCUCAACUACUAAAGCUCCACCUCAUGUAACGAAACAUCGGCAGAAACCCGCAGUUCAAGUGUUGCUCCGGUACGGAAGCCUCCUCCACGCUCCCAACACGUUCCUCGGCAUGCUGCGGCACGAGCUGGACGCCGGAGGAACUGUGGCAAAACAAAGCUUUAACGGUGCAACUACUGACAAGAUUGCUGGAGAAAAGGAAGAGAAAAGAUUAAAAGUAUAUGUCCAGGACCAGGAAGGGGUCAGUGGACGACAGUUUGACCGUUUGCAGAUGGAGCUGAGUGAGUGUCGUCUGAGGCUGGCAAAGGAGAGCACAGCCAGACUGAGAGCUGAGUCAAGGCUCAAGGAGUAUGAGAUAGAGAACGCAUGUCUUCCUGAUGCUAAACACUCCAUGCCAGAGGCGUUUGCAGCCGCUGGCUCCAGAUCAGCACCGCGUACUGUCAGUGUUCUUGAGGAUGAGGCUUUACUUGAGACUAUAGAGAAAUCAUUUGUCAAGUUCCAUGCCUUCCUGGAUCUCCUCAGGGAUGCUGGCCUAGGUAAGCUUGCUGCAAUGGCUGGACUGGACGCUUCAGAUUUCCAUCUUCUGGGAAAACCUCAGCUGUCCACUACAACUGGAACGUAUUUGGAUGUUCGGAAUGCUAUGACACAGACGGUUGCUUUUCAUUCUUUGGUAAAUAGUGCUCCUCCUACUCUCCCUGAUGGCCAAAGAGAAACAGCCACACCCAGAUCUCCAUCCUCCAUCAGGAAGCACUUCUUUGAAGACAUUCAACAAGAUGUGACCAUUAGUAAGGCCUCUGAUCCUGCAUUACAAUCUGGUAUGGAUGGAGAAGGACCAGAUCAGUAUUACAAGCCUUAUUUUUGGCACGAUGUGGGUCCCGAGCACAGCGUCUAUAGCAAAAAAUCAGUCGAUGAGGUUUUGUUUGGUGAAUCGCAUCAGAUUCAACAAAGCGGAAGCAGUAGCACAAGUUCACACCUGAGCGACCUCCUUCACAGAAGUCCUGAUUCCCAGAGCAAUGGUUCUCAUGGUAGAUCCUCUGUGCGAUCGAACAUUACGUGUGUGUCUGUGGGAUCAGAUGGGUGA